AGCAGAGAGUAAGAGAGGAAGAAAUUCCCACUCGACUGAGAAACCACCAAAAUAUUUGAGAUUUGCUGAGCAGAGUUUUGUUGGUUCAUCAUGGCUCUGUUCCGAGGUCACAAGGUCUCCCUUUCCAAAUAUACUACCUCUCCUUAUCCAUAUAGCUAUCACGUGUUCUUGAGCUUCAGAGGUGAAGACACCCGAAAGAACUUCACUGAUCACCUCUACACGGCCCUUGUCAAUGCCGGAUUUCAUACUUUCAGGGAUGACCCUGAACUCGAGAGAGGGGAGAAUAUCAAGGAAAAGCUUGAGAAUGCCAUUCGACAGUCGCAGAGUUCUGUGAUUGUGUUUUCGAAAGACUACACCUCUUCCAGAUGGUGUCUGGACGAGCUUGUCAUGAUCCUUCAACGCAAGAGGACCUCCGAUCAUAUCGUGUUACCCGUCUUCUACGACGUCGAUCCAUCUCAACUGAGGAAGCAGGCAGAGACUCUUGCAGAGGUCCCUAAAUACCAAGGAAAUCAAUCGUUGAAUGGAUGGCAGGCAGCGCUUAGAGAAGUUGCAGAUCUAGCAGGCAUGGUUUUACAAAAUGAAGCUGACGGGCACGAGUCAAAGUUCAUCCAAAAGAUUGUUACGGUGAUUCAGGAAAAGCUAGGUCGUGUGCCCCUAAGCGAUGUCCAGGAGGAAUUACAGGAGAAGUUGUUAUCUGUUUACCCUGUUCUUGGUGACGCCGAUGGGUAGCAACUGAAAUUCCAAACGAGUGUGAAGCCAUGGCUCCAUAAGCUUAAAGAGGCUGUCUAUGAGGCUGAGGACCUGUUGCAGGAGAUCAAAACAGAAGCGUUGAGGCAAAAGAUAGAACACGAAUCUGGAAGUAGUAGCACGAGUAAGGUACAAGACCUCAACUCCAGUCUUCCAUCUCAUGCUUUUGACUCAACAUUAAUUUACCUCAGGGUAGAGGAGGUUCUGAAUAGACUAGAUUCCAUUAUGGAGAAGAGAAAAGAUGUCUUGGGUUUGGAAGCAAGUGCUGGAUACAAGGUAUCACAAACAAUACCGUCAACUUCUUUGGUAGAAAAGUCUGUAUAUGGAAGAGAUGAAGAGAAAGAAACAUUGGUUAAAUUGUUGCUAUCAGAUGAUGAGAGUGGCAAUGAGAUAAGUGUGAUUCCUAUUGUGGGUAUGGGUGGGAUCGGAAAGACCACCCUUGCCCAGUUUGUAUACAACGAUGUUAGAGUGAAGCAACAUUUUCACCUCCGAGCAUGGGUUUGCGUUUCAAAAGAAUUUGAUGUUUUUAGGAUCUCACAACACAUUUAUGAGUCCCUCACCAAAAAAGCUUGCAAGAUCAACAGCCUGGAUCUGCUUCUAUCAGAGUUGCUGGAAACUUUGAGGGGGGAAAGGUUCUUCUUUGUUCUUGAUGACAUCUGGAACAAGAAUUAUAACCAGGUGGAAUCAUUAAUGCGUCCCCUUGAGUCUGGAGCACAUGGAAGCAAGAUUAUUGUCACAACACGCGAUGAAGAUGUUACACGUAUGAUGGGUAGCCUUGAAGCUCACCGUCUCAAGCCAAUGUCUGAGCAAGAUAGCUGGUCGUUAUUCGAAAAACAUGCCUUCAAAAAUGCAGGUGUUAGUGCACGCUCACGUCUUGAAAAUAUCGGUAGACAAAUUGUUGGAAAGUGCAAUGGUCUUCCUUUGGCUAUUAAGUCACUUGGGGGUUUCUUAUGUUCUAAAUUGUUGGUGGAGGAAUGGGAAAGUAUAUUGAAGAGUGACCUGUGGGAGUUGCCUUUGGAGAGUGACAUUCUGCCAUCUCUUUGGUUGAGCUAUAUGUACCUGCCUUCACAACUCAAACGUUGUUUUGCAUAUUGUUCGCUAUUUCCCAAGAACUAUGAGUUCAAAACAUCAGAAUUGGUUUACUGUGGAUGGCUGAAGAUCUAUUGCAACCUAAAACCCCCAAAACUGCAGAAGAAAUCGGACAAGAUUACUUCAAUGAUCUAAUCUCAAUGUCAUUUUUUCAAGUUUCAUCAAGUUCCGGUCACUAUAUCAUGCAUGACCUUAUCAAUGAUCUAGCAAGCUUUGUAUCAGGUGAAUUUUGUUUUAGGUGGCAGGGCACUUCUUCACCCAACAAUUUGAGCAAGACUCGUCACUUUUCAUGUAUGUUGAGAUAUUGUUAUAAUACUCCUAUGUUUGAGGCUUUGCAGCAAGCUAAAUGUUUGCACACCUUUCUAACAUUAGUAACAUCUUCUAUGUGGUGGAAGAUUUCUGGCAAAGGACUCUACGAGGCAUUGCCGAAGUUUCAAUGUUUAAGAAUGCUCAAGUUAUCAUGGUACGAUAUUAAGGAAUUGCCUGAUUCAAUUAACAACUUGAAACAUCUUAAGCACUUGGACUUGUCUUACAGUUCCACCGAAAAGUUACCUGAUGCAAUUUGUACUUUGUAUAACUUGCAAGUAUUGUUGUUGUCAUGGUGUAAACGCCUUACUGAACUGCCAGCCAACUUGGGAAGAUUGAUCAACUUGAGCCAUCUGGAUAUUACAUGUACAAAGUUGAAAAAGAUGCCACCGUAUAUGGGUAAGUUGAAAGACCUCCAGAUGCUACCAGAGUUUGUGCUAGACAAACACAUGUGUACACUGCUGGGGAUAAUUUGGCAGAGUUAAGGAAGCUUCAAAAUUUGCGUGGAGGACUUUGUAUCUCAAGGCUGGUGCAUAGCAGCGGUUUGGAGGCCUACAUACUGAGGGACAAGAAGUUUCUUAAGGAACUGGUUUUGGAUUGGGAGAAAGGGUUUUAGGUAAAAAAGCAAGGUUCGAGAAUGUGGUUUUGGAUCGGGGAGAAAUGGUUUUAGCUAGAACAGCAAGGAGAAAGAAUUUUCGUAAGAACCCAAUUUCGGAUUGGGGAAGAAAGGAUUGGAGUGAAUCUGUAGAAGAAAGAGAAGUGCUUGAGAAGCUCCAACCUCACCUGAACCUGGAAAGGCUUACAAUUGAAUGUUAUGGAGGCAAAAUGUUUCCAGUUUGGUCAGAAUUUUAUUCUUCCUCUGUCCUUGUUUCUCUUAGACUUGUUAAUUGUAAGAAUUGUAUCUCCUUGCCACCAUUGGGACAGCUACCUUCCCUCAGAGAGCUUUAUAU